CGUAACCCACUCCAUCGAACGUGCCUCUCCUCUCUCUCUCUCUCUCUCUCUCUCUCUGGCAUCCUUUUGUACUUUAAUUCCCUACAGCUCAAAAAGAAAAAAGAAAAAGAAAAAGAAAAAAAAAAUCCCUCCAAAAUCCAAGCACACUCUCCCACGCACUAAACACUCUCUUUGUUCUCUCUAGAAUCUACCGUCAGAUCUGGAUCAGAACAAGAAGAGCUCGCCGGAGCCGGUUGCUGCGAUGGCGGAGUCGCAGCAACGGAGUUCGUCUUCUUCUUCGUCUUCUUCGAGUUCCGGAGAAAUCUCGGUAAGAAUCGAAGGGGAAAUCAGCAUUGGUGUUGAAACCAGCGGUGAUGGUAAUGAAUUGGAGAGCAGAGAGGCAGUUGAUGUUGCUUCAGUUAGUAACGGAAUCAGCGGCGGUGGGACAUCAAACACUUCAAGGGCUGAAAAGCCUGGUGUCAGCAAAUCAGAAUCAACUCCGAGUCGGCUUAAGUUAGAAAGAUCCAAAACUGAGGGGCAAAGGCAUCAAAAUAUACUUGCUGAAGAGGCUGCAAAAAUUUACGAUGACAAGCUUCCUGAUCAGGAGAAGCGUAUAUUGUUGAACAGAAUGGCAACUGUCAAAGAUAAUGGAACUGUAGAAGUUGUGGUUCCAGGGGAUGUCGAACCCCGAACUCUUGGGGUCGGAUCUGAUUAUGCAUGUAAUACAGUUGCUGAUGACGAGCCUCUUGAUGCAACAGACCAGUAUAUACCGCCACUGCAAAUAGUAAUACUCAUUGUUGGCACGCGAGGAGAUGUGCAGCCAUUUAUUGCGAUAGGUAAACGUCUACAGGAUUAUGGCCAUCGUGUUAGACUGGCAACUCAUUCAAAUUUUAGAGAAUUUGUCUUGACAGCUGGGUUGGAGUUUUAUCCUUUGGGUGGAGAUCCUAAAGUUCUUGCUGGUUACAUGGUAAAAAAUAAAGGAUUCUUGCCAUCAGGGCCUUCUGAGGUAUCCAUUCAACGAAAUCAAAUAAAAGAAAUUAUAUACUCCUUACUUCCUGCCUGCAAGGAUCCUGAUAUUGAUUCCAAAAUCCCUUUUAAGGCAGAUGCUAUCAUUGCCAAUCCUCCAGCAUAUGGGCAUACUCACGUGGCAGAGGCCCUAAGAGUACCACUUCAUAUAUUCUUCACCAUGCCAUGGACGCCAACUAGUGAAUUUCCUCAUCCCUUGUCGCGUGUCAAGCAAUCAGCCGGAUAUCGACUUUCAUAUCAAAUAGUCGAUUCGAUGAUUUGGCUGGGAAUACGUGACAUGAUAAAUGAUUUAAGGAAAAAAAAGUUGAAGCUACGACCUGUCACUUAUCUCAGUGGUUCACAAGGAUCUGAUUCUGACGUGCCAUAUGGAUACAUAUGGAGUCCUCACCUUGUCCCUAAACCCAAAGAUUGGGGGCCUAAAAUUGAUGUGGUAGGCUUCUGCUUUCUUGACCUAGCAUCAAAUUAUGAACCUCCUGAACCGCUUUUGAAAUGGCUUGAGGCUGGUCAGAAACCUAUUUAUAUUGGAUUUGGCAGUCUUCCUGUCCAAGAACCAGAAAAAAUGACCCAAACAAUUGUUGAAGCACUGGAGCAAACUGGGCAGAGGGGCAUCAUUAAUAAAGGCUGGGGUGGCCUGGGCAACUUGGCAGAACCGAAGGACUUUAUAUACCUACUGGAUAACUGUCCUCAUGAUUGGCUAUUCUUGCAAUGCAAGGCAGUGGUUCAUCAUGGAGGUGCUGGAACAACAGCUGCUGGUCUUAAAGCUGCGUGCCCUACAACCAUUGUGCCUUUCUUUGGUGACCAACCCUUCUGGGGUGAGCGGGUGCAUGCGAGAGGAGUAGGUCCUCCACCCAUACCUGUUGAUGAGUUCUCACUUACCAAGUUGGUUGAGGCGAUACAUUUCAUGCUAGAUCCCAAGGUGAAGGAGCGCGCGGUGGAGCUUGCCAAAGACAUGGAGAAUGAGGAUGGUGUUGCUGGAGCUGUACAAGCAUUCUUCAAGCAUCUCCCUCGAAAAAAGCUUGAGCUUGAGCUUGAGCCCGAGCCCGAGUCAGAGCCGUCAACGGAACCAUCAAGUAUUUUCUCCUUUAGUAAAUGUUUUGGUUGUCCCUGAAUCUCAACUGGAUCCAUCUGGACUUGGUGGAGGUGUACUCAUCUACCUGUAUAGCAUGAUGAGAUUCCUCGGUGGUGGUGUGUCUACUGAGUACUAACCGAGAUAGAAUAUACCUGUUUCGUGAACCGCCAGAGGAAUUUUCGACCACACUUGAUAAUUUGUAAUUAUCUCCAUUUAUUGCGGUCAGUAGGUACGUACUCGGCUCAACAGUUGAGCCGUUUCUUAGAGUUUGUACUUUGUAUGUUCGUUUGUGUAUAGCUUCACCGUUUUCGAUUC